AUGGGCAUCGUUCUCGUAGCGCUCAUGGCCACAUUAGCUAGCGCGCAGAAUACGUCCAACCCAAUCCCGGGGGGGCCCUCGUUCAAAGAUUUUCUACGGUUCUCCUGUUCCGAGCUCAACAUCCAACGCAUCGAUCCUCUCGUGACCCCCGGUGUAGUCCCCUCCCCCCACCUCCACCAGUUCGUCGGCGGCAACGCCCUCGCACCCAUCAUGGACCCAUCCCUCAACGUUUCCGGAAAAGCCACCUGCACGACAUGCACAUAUACCGAAGACUUCUCAAACUACUGGACCGCGGUGUUAUUCUUUAAAGCGCGAAACGGGAGUUUCCAUCGUGUGCCGCUGAUGGGGAACCUAGGGCUGGAAAGGCAAAGAGGGGGCAUGACGGUGUAUUACACGGCGCCGUACGAUAAGAAGACGAAGGUUACUGCAUUCAAGCCCGGCUUCCGCAUGCUCAUCGGCGACCCUGGACACUCCGUCAAGCUCCCCCAGGUCCUCUACGAGACAAUCUGGGAUACUUCCGCCUUCAACGACGGAUCAAUAUGGCCUGCAGACGGGACUCAGCCAUUCGUCUUUAGCAUGGGCGAUCCCACCGGAUAUGGUUGGCAUGGAGACUAUAUGUUUGGGUGGAAGGGCGAUGCGCUACAGAGAGCGAUGGACAGGUAUUGUGGGACUGAUUGCCAGGUAUUGGAGACGCAGAGUAUUGAGGAGGCGAACAUGUGUGCGGAAGCGGUUGUCGUGAACGAGCCGAUCGACGGGUGGCUGGGGGCAAUGCCUGGAGGAGUGGACGUUACGUCUUAA